AUGGCGCCUAAAUCGAAGCAGCAUCGUUACCAACCUCGAAAAUCAUCAUCGCGAUCGAUUCAAGCUUUCACUGUGCUUAUACUUUUGCUUGUAGUGAUUCUGAUUCUUCUCGGUCUUGGGAUCUUAUCACUUCCUAAUGCGAAUAGAAACUCUUCAAAGCCCAAUGAUUUGACCAACAUUGUACGGAAGAGUGAAGAGAGUUAUGGAGAUGAUGAAGGAAACAACGAGCGUUGGGUUGAAGUGAUUUCAUGGGAGCCUCGAGCUGUUGUUUAUCACAAUUUCUUGACCAAUGAAGAAUGUGAGCACCUGAUCCACCUUGCGAAACCGAGCAUGGUUAAGUCAGAAGUGGUUGAUGAGAAAACUGGUGGGAGCAAAGAUAGUAGAGUGAGGACAAGCUCAGGAACUUUUCUUAGAAGAGGACAGGACAAAGUUGUGGAGACGAUUGAGAAAAGGAUUUCAGAUUUCACCUUCAUUCCUGUAGAAAAUGGAGAAGGUCUUCAAGUUCUUCACUACCAAGUUGGGCAGAAGUAUGAGCCUCACUAUGACUAUUUCUUAGAUGAGUUCAACACCAAGAAUGGAGGACAGCGGAUAGCUACUGUUCUUAUGUACCUCUCGGAUGUUGAUGAUGGUGGCGAGACUGUGUUCCCUGCAGCAAAAGGAAACAUUAGUGCAGUCCCGUGGUGGAACGAGCUCUCAAAAUGUGGCAAAGAAGGACUCUCUGUUCUACCAAAGAAGCGAGACGCUUUACUUUUCUGGAACAUGAGACCUGAUGCCUCUCUAGACCCUUCGAGCUUGCACGGUGGAUGUCCAGUGGUGAAAGGAAACAAAUGGUCAUCCACGAAAUGGUUCCAUGUCCACGAGUUCAAGGUUUAA